UUGUUGAUUAUAUAAUCUAUACUUAUUUUGGAGUAAAAUAACAAAAAAAACAAAUUGGAGCGGAGGGAGUAAUCCGUUUCUUCUUUUCGAAAAUAUCAUUCUUUUCACUGUUAGAAUUCGUGGGAUUGCUGAAUUAGUCUGAAGCUUUGAUUCUCCUGAUAUUGAGCGAAUUCCUACGACCCACUAAGGGUUUGUGGCUAAAGAUCAAUUUUUUUCAUGGAUCCCAAAUAUACAGGAGAAACCUUUAAGCAUCUGGAGAAAGAAAGUGAACUACUCUUGAAUACCCAUAAAUCAAUGUCAGAUGAAUUGCACAAACUUCAGGUUGAAGAAGAAAUGCUGAUGCGCAAGUUCUAUGGACUUAUGACUGCUCAUGGUCUAAAUAAAAAGAAAGGUUUCAAUGAUAAUGCUGAUGAAAGGCAGAAUGGCCUGCAAGGAGCAGCAGCUGACGCUAUUAAUGGUGCUGAUGGAAGGCAGAAUGGCCUGGAAGGAGCUAUCAUCAAUAUGACGAAUGGUGAUCACUAAUGUAUAAGAAGCCAAGCAACUUUGGGAAAGAAUCCAAGAAAAACAAGGGCUGAAUAAGUGGCGCCCAGAUCUUGAAGAAGAAUAUGAAGAUCAAGAGGGCAACAUCUACAACAAAAAGACAUACGGAUCUACAACGCCAGGGAUUGAUCUAGAUUUGUUUCUGUGGAGCUUUUCAAUCUCUUUGGCGGCAUGUUGUUUUAUUGGUUUUAGUUCACCUGGGUGGAAAUGUUUCUGUUCCUUUUGCUUAUGCGUUUUCUGUAUCCUAGAUAUUGAUCAGACCAUAUGUCUUGAUUUUGGUUGAGCGAGCACUUGUUAUUCAGUAAGCGAUUGUUGGUGUAUCCACCUGCCCCUCAAAAGUGCAAUUUGAAUGUUAGAAUUCACUAAGCGGGAGAGGGACAAGAGAUAGAAGCCUCUAUUUGAAAUGUAUGAGAUGUAUUUGUAUUAGCGAGGAUGUCUUUAGAUAGGCUAUUGUUAUUACUAGAUUACACUUAUUUUCA